UUGGCGGGGAGGUGGUGAGUGCGCGCGGUCGUGUGCCGCGGGGACGCGCGUGAAGAUGGCAUCCGAGGCAGAGCCCCGCCCCCUGGGCAUGUUUGAGUGCCAGCUCUGUGCCUUGACAGCUCCUUACAGCUACGUGGGGCAGAAGCCUCCAGACACCCAGGCUGUUGUCCUCCUGGAGGAGAGCUACAUCAUGAAGGAUCCCUUCUCCUCAGACAAGGCAAGGUUUCUGGUCCUCGGCUCGCGGUGCAGUGUGUGCGGCAGGCUGGUGUGUGUGGGCCCGGAUUGCAGCCUGUUCUACUCCAAGAGGGUCUGCCUCCCCUGCGUUCAGGAGAAUAUCAGUGCCUUCCCUCAGGAAAUCCGGCAGGAUGUGGAGAAGAGAAAAGGUGCCUCCAAGAGGCCUUCCAGCCAUCCCUGACUGCCAUGUGCAUGGCCUCCUCCAGUGCAGUGCUGGGCUGGUUUGGCCAGGGUUCCGACUGGGAGCUGUGUAUCUGGCCUUCUCUGAACUGUGGAGUACCUGGAGCCCUGGGAACCCAGGAGGUGGCCAAGACUGAGGCCAGACAGCGGGAGUGGAUCCAGCUGCAGCUCCAGAACUGGCCUCUAGUGGAGUAAGGGAAAGGGAGCCUCCUUCGGUGGACAGUUGGUAGACACUCCUGGUAGAUGUACCUGUGGGAGACACCCAGCUUCUCUCAGGACUUCCAAGUAGCAUGAUGUCACGUCUGUAGGGAAAUCAGCCUCCAAGGGUUACGUCACAUUCUGUGUCACAUGUCUGGGAAACGAUUUAAACCUUGACCCUGUAUCAUGUUUAUAAUUAAAGACCUGAAGCCUAAGCUAAUGGUUUAAGUAACCUUUUCCCUGACCUACUUGGACAUUCAGUGCAUCCCAUCGGGGUCACUCUGUGGACUCGGUCUGUGCAAACCAGACAUGUCCCAGCAGCAUUCAAAACGAACCAACUAAGUUUUAAAAAUAGUUUAUUUUUUUUAAACCAUUAAGGCAAAACUGUACCCUGAAAUUAACUCUUUACAUUCAUCAGUCUUACAGUAGGACAUUCCAUACAGGUUCCCAUAAAUUCAGGAUAUAAAUCAAUGCAUACAGUCAGUUCAAUCUCCUAUGGAGAAAACGAAGAAGACUCAAUUUUUUUUUUAAUUAAGGUUAAGUUACAGCCAUUUUCUAAUUGCCUGGAACCAGUCAGUUCAUAUGACUAGUAAAUUCUAUUUGUGCUUCUGUGUUCACCCUGGAUUCCUGAUGUCCUGGGUAGCCCUGUAUCCACGAAGAGCUGGGAGGUGGGAGAGGAUGCCGGCACUGGCUCAACAAUCCCUGUUCAGGACCGUUUUUUUACCACAGAAGUGAAGAAGGGCUGCAGGCCCCCAGCUCUGAGAGAAUGGCACAUGGACAGUAGUGAGCAGGUGGCAGAAAGCUGGCUCAGACCUUGCUUUGGAAAUGAGCAUGUCCGUGUGUGUGUGUGUGUGUGUGUGUGUGUGUGUGUGUGUGUGUGUGUGACCCCCCCUCCCCUUGGGCUCUAGUGGGAUGGCACUGUGGGUCUUGGAGCGUGUUACGAAGACACACCAAGGAGCAAUGUGGCCAGGAGACUGGAAAUGACAUGGAGACACAGUGGAACAACUCAGAUCACCACAGUUCUUUGGUAAUUUACAGGUAACAAUUCCCUGAAUAACAGGCAGCUGUUAACCCUACAAGCCUACUCAGUAGUAGCCUUGAUAGCAACACCGGUGUAAGGUUAGUGACUUCCAGUCAGGGUUCAGGAAGGCCUGGCUGGCAGAGAUGGAUACAAACAGAUUGGCUUGCACUUGUUGCGAGGGGGAAGAAAAAAAAAAAACAA